GCAGGCGCCACCCAUGAGCCCCUCUGCGGGCCCCCUCCUGGGUCCCACCUCGCAGGCCAGCUGGAGGGCGCGAUCCUGGCGUCCCCCGACGGCCUGGGGCCCCAAUCCACAGGCCUGGGUGGGAGGGGACCAAGGGUGUAGUCAGGAAGCGCCUUUUGCUGGAGGGCGAGAGACCGGGGCGGAGAGUCGGGAGACCAGAGUGGGAGGAAGGCGGGGAGUCCAGGUUCCGCCCCGGAGCCGACUUCCUCCUGGUCGUCGGCUGCAGCGGGGUAAGCGGCGGCAGCGGCCGGGGAUCCCGGAGCCAUGGGGCGCGCGCGCGACGCCAUCCUGGAUGCGCUGGAGAACCUGACCGCCGAGGAACUCAAGAAGUUCAAGCUGAAGCUGCUGUCGGUGCCGCUGCGCGAGGGCUACGGGCGCAUCCCGCGGGGCGCGCUGCUGUCCAUGGACGCCUUGGACCUCACCGACAAGCUGGUCAGCUUCUACCUGGAGGCCUACGGCGCCGAGCUCACCGCUAACGUGCUGCGCGACAUGGGCCUGCAGGAGAUGGCCGGGCAGCUGCAGGCGGCCACGCACCAGGGCUCUGGAGCCGCGCCAGCUGGGAUCCAGGCCCCUCUUCAGUCGGCAGCCAAGCCAGACCUGCACUUUAUAGACCAGCACCGGGCUGCGCUUAUCGCGAGGGUCACAAACGUUGAGUGCCUGCUGGAUGCCCUGUAUGGGAAGGUCCUGAUGGAAGAGCAGUACCAGGCAGUGCGGGCCGAGCCCACCAACCCAAGCAAGAUGCGGAAGCUCUUCAGCUUCACACCAGCCUGGAACUGGACCUGCAAGGACUUGCUCCUCCAGGCCCUAAGGGAGUCCCAGUCCUACCUGGUGGAGGACCUGGAGCGGAGCUGAGGCUCCUUCCCAGCAACACUCCAGUCAGCCCCUGGCAAUCCCACCAAACUCAUCCUGAAUCGGAUGUUUUUAUACACAAUAUAUGAAAAGCCAGCUUGAA